UAUUAAUUUGAAAUAAAACAAAAUGUUUAGUGUAGCAGUUCGAAUAGUAGCUGAAGAAGCAGAAGCUGAAGAACAGCAACAAUCCAAAAAUGUUCAAAGGAUUGCAAGAAGAGAGUUGCGUGAUGACUCAAACCCACUUGAGUUGCCGCAAACAUUGUUUGAAAAGUAUUACAGGGUGAAUAAGCCGGCCUUUACAUAUCUGCUGGAUGUGUUAACGUCGCACUGUCAGCCUAGAAUGAAGUCGUUCGCAGUAUCCCCACUAGUGAAACUAAGUGCAACAUUGCGUUUCUUUGCCGAAGGUGGGUACCAAACAGGUAUAGGGAAAGAUUGCGACGUGUCCCUGGCUCAAUGUAGUCUGAGCAAAGUCCUAACAGAAGUGAUAGACAUAUUUGAAGAGCAUCUAUGUACAAAUUGGAUAACUUUCCCUAAAACUGAUGAAGAAAAAAGAAAAAUAGCUUUGGCAAUGUAUAUAAAGCACGGCAUUCCUAGUGUUAUGGGAUGCGUUGACGGCACGCAUGUCCGUAUUAUUGCUCCCUCUAAUAAUAAGCAUUUGUAUUAUAACAGGAAGGGGUACUACAGUUUAAAUGUAAUGCUGGUAUGUGAUCAUGAGCUGAGGAUUCUAUACGUUGAUGCUUCCCAUCCUGGUGCGUGCCAUGAUUCAUUUAUUUGGAAUACCGGCGAAUUGCGACUACAUCUUGAGCAGGAAUAUCUGAGAGGCUGCAACAAUUAUUGGCUGCUUGGCGACGCAGGAUAUCCUCUGGAACCGUGGCUUAUGACACCUCAUAGAACUCCAGAGGAGGGAUCGGCCGCAAUGAAAUUUAAUGAAAUGCAUGUAAAGGCCCGCAAUGUAAUUGAGCGUACCAAUGGUGUCCUCAAAAAUAGAUGGAGGUGCACAAUUGGUGCUAGAGAGCUGCACUACGCUCCAAAAAAGGCAGCGAAAAUAAUAAAUGUUUGUUGUGCGUUGCAUAACAUCUGCAUUUAUUUUAAAUGCAAUACAAUUGCAAAUGAUAUGGACAAUUUAGAUCAUUUUUCUAUACAAGAGAGUGAUGUUGUGUCCUUAGCCUCACAACAGUAUUUGUCUGCAGCCCAAAAUAUUAGGAAUAAUAUUGGAAAUAAUUUAUAAUUUUUUUUGGAGUAAAGAAAUACACGCCACUUAUAUGUUUUUAUACAAUAUAAUUGUAUAUUUAUUAAAAAACAAAAAACAUUCUUAAAAAACUAAAAAGAAAAAAAUAAACAAAACAAAAAUAAUAUUUUAAAACUAUAAAAAAGAGUUCAUAUAUGCAGGUACUUCUAUUGCAUUU